AUGGGUAUCAAUGGACCUAGCAGAUGCAUUUUAUGUCAAAAGCAUGAAGAGACUGCGGAUCAUCUACUACUCCACUGCAAAUUCUCCAGCCACUGUUGGUGGCAUUUCAUGGGAAAACUGAAAAUCUUUGGCCCCUUCCCAUCAGGGCUAGAUGAGUGGUUUUUGCAAUGGCCUGAACCGGCAAGAAAGCCUAUUUUUGUUGAUGCGAUUUAUAUCUUACCAUCUCUUCUGAUUUGGGAAAUUUGGAAAGAAAGGAAUCGCAGAAUCUUCCAGGGUAAAGAGGUGAGCUUAAUGUCUCUAUGUGGGAAAAUUGAGAACCACUUGACUGAGCUCCUGAAUGAGGUUGCUCAAUCCAAUUCAUUAAAGAAAAAUUUGUAUACAGACUGGGAUUGGAAGAUUAAGCUAGCUCUUCCAAAUCUACUCAUUCCACUGCUUUUUGGCAAGGGAACCCCGGUGGAUCAGGUCAAUCCAAGAGUGGGUGUCAAAUGGGAAGCGCCAGAGUCUGGGUGGAGCAAGGUAAACUUUGAUGGUGCUUUUGCAGGAAAUCCAAGUCAAAGUGGUAUUGGUUGUAUAUUGAGGAAUUCUGAUGGUAUCUGUAUAAAAUAA